GAGGUUCAGAAAAUUGACAUCAUGGCUGUGAGAACAUAUAAAUAACCAGAAUACAGCAUUUCAGAUCAAAGGCAGCAACGUCUCUGAAGGGAGCAUUCUAUAGGUUGAGUUCAUCCAGAGGCACAGCAGAAACUGGAUUUUGCAAAAUAAACUGAGAAGCUUCUUUUUUAGAAAACAUUUCUGAGAACAUCUGAGAGAUUUUUUCCUCUGCCUUCAGCUGUUUGCAAUUUCUUUAAAAAAAAAAAAAAAAAAAAAAACAUGUGCACCGGAGGCUGUGCUAAGUGCCUAGGAAUCACUCUUAUCCCUUUAGCUGUGCUAUGUACUCUUGCUAACAUUUUGCUGUUUUUCCCUGGAGGAAAAGUGGUUGAAAACAAUCAAAAUAUUACAGAUGAGGUUUGGUACUUCGGAGGGAUCUUGGGAUCUGGUGUAUUGAUGAUCUUUCCUGCUUUGGUGUUUUUGGGCCUUAAGAAUAAUGAUUGCUGUGGAUGCUGUGGUAAUGAGAGCUGUGGAAAGAGGUUUGCGAUGUUUUCCUCUAUAAUAUUUGCUGCAGUUGGAGUUCUGGGAGCUGGAUAUUGCUUUGUUGUGUCAGCAGUAGCCCUAAACAGAGGCCCUAAAUGUAAUGAUGGAAGACAGUGGCUCUAUCCCUUCCAGGACGGGAAUUAUCUAGGUAACCACACAAUAUGGACUACGUGUAAGUCACCUGAAACUAUAGUUCCUUGGCACCUGACCCUCUUUGCCUUGCUGCUAGUGAUGAGUGGGAUCCAAGCAGUGCUCUGUGGCAUUCAGGUUGUAAACGGACUCUUUGGAACAAUCUGUGGGGACUGCAAAUGUUGCGGAUGUUGUGGGGGAGAUGGAACUGUCUAAAUAAUAUUAAUAGUGCAGAGAACCUUCUCCUCUUGGGAAGCUCCCAGAAGAAACUGCUCUACAGAGCAGCCCUCAAGAUAUGUUGCCUCUGGCUAAGAAGACCAGAAUGAAGGCCACUUCGCUCCACUGAUGUUACGAAGCCCUGACUUCCCUUCUAGCUAGCCUUCCUGAAACCCCUCUUCAUGGAAUAAAAUAAGUGAAAUUCAACUCUCACAAUCAUAUUUAUUUUUGUAAAACAGCUUCCAUUUAACAUUUUGCCUGAAAAUACUCUCUUUUUAUUUUUCUCUCCUGAAUCAGAUUUCUAACUUUGGAUUACAAAACAGUUCUGGUACAAGUUCAGUUGUUAUACAGUUUCAUCUAAUUUAUUUUGAGAUUUAUCAAAUGGCAAUGUCACAAACAAGUGUAACUUCUCAUGAUUAUACAUUUAUGUACAUGAAAAAGCAAGGACUUCUCUCUUCCAGACUGCUAUAAUUAAAAUGCUUUUUAUAAAGAGACUCUGU